AUGAUGGGAGUUAUAAUUGCCGAUUGCAUUAAACUUAUAGAGUCAAACCAAGACUCAGCUGUUACUGGUAUGAAAACUUGUGACUUUACAUAUGAAUGGACAAUUAAAAACUUCAAGCGGUUGUGUAGUGAAACAAUUGAAUCACCAAGUUUUUCAUCUCAUUAUGCUGAUUUUGACGAUGAAUGGAUUUUAAAAUAUUAUCCUAGUGAUGAUCAAUGCAAUUAUAUAUCGGUAGAGCUACAGCUUAAAUCGUUCAACAAUAAUACUUCACAAUUACAAACAAAAUACUUAAUGGAUCCAAAGAAUCGAUAUAUACAAAAUGAUGAACUUAAAAUUUGUUGUACAAUAACAUUGCCUAAAAAACUAACAAAUAAUUCUAAUGUAAUUUCAUCAUUUGAUGCAAAACAACAACUGAGUGUGGACUUGAAAAAACUUUUGUCAAGUGAAAAAUCAGCUGAUGUUACCAUUAAAGUGGGUCAAAAAUCAUUUCGUGCAAUCAAAGGAAUUCUUGCAGUACGUAGUCCAGUUUUUGCUGCAAUUUUUGAUAAAGCAAGUCCCAUUGACCAAACAGCACCAUAUGUUGUUGCUGAAUUCUUUGACACAGUUACACGACUUCUGUAUAUUUAUACUGAUGAAUCACCAAAUGUUGACAAAAUGCCAAUGGAACUACUUGCUGCUGCUGACAAAUAUCAGGUGGAUUGUCUUAAAAAUAUUUGUGAAGAAAUAAUAUGCAAAUCUAUAGAUAAUGAUAAUGUUGCAAGUUUACUUGUUUGUUCUGAUAGAUAUAAUCUCAAAAAACUCAAUCAAACAUGCUUUGAAUUUAUGAAAAAAAAUUUACAAGCUGUUCUGUUAAAUGAAACAUUUAAAGUUUACAGAAAAAAAUAUCCUGAAAUUUUUGUAGGUGCUCUUGAGGAAUUGCUGUUGUCAGCAAGUUCAGUUAAUUACGAUUGA